AUGGAAGAAUCUUUCUUGGAGCAUCCUACAUUCGACGGCGAAGGACGGAACCCCUUCAAUUUCUCGGUUCUCGCGGACUACCAAGCAGCUAGUGCAGUUUUGCAACAGACCGUGGUUGAUAACCCGGAACGAUUUUUCAAGAAGAUGUUUGGAAACAGUGAGCUGAUAUGCUUUCGUCAGAAUGACGAGGACAAGAUUGUCCUGACAAAAGAGUUGCUUCCCAAGUUGGUCAGCUUCUAUCACAAGUCCAUGGCACAUGUCGAAGGCAUGGAUCAUUUAGAACAAACGAUCAAGACACAUUUCUAUCAUAGAGGUAUUCGCGACGAAUUGAGCAGUGCGAAGCAUGUGCAAAGAACAAACGAGCACGACGUGCUUAUGGAGAAUCUGCUCCACGUGAUGCUACGGCGAUGCCCUGGCAACAAGUCCAUUGUGACACAAUCGGUCCGUGGAAGAUUGAGUUACGACAACGGACGUUGA